AAGUGCCGGUUUUUUACUCACAAAUUAAAUGUUAUGUUUAAAAUUAGACAUUACCCAAAGAUUGCGCGGGAAAAAUAAAAGUAAACAAUAGAAUCGCUCCCUGAAGAAAUUAUUGUAGAGGAUUGACCAGGUCAUAAAAGAUGUCUGUUGAAACAAAUGGAACUAUUGGUGAUAAUAUUUCUAAAAUUAAACAGAAUGGUCACUCGGAAGUGAAUGGUCACUCGGAAGUGAAUGGAAAACCAGCGAGAUGUAAAAGACAUUCUGAGUACAACUACCUGGAUGCCAUUCAAGAGAUUAUAGAUCAUGGGGUGAGGAAAAGCAAUAGAACAGGCACUGAUACUCUGUCUAUAUUUGGAAUGCAGAUGCGAUAUAACCUUCGUGAUGAAUUUCCAUUGCUGACAACAAAACGUGUUUUCUGGCGAGGUGUGGCGGAGGAACUGCUAUGGUUUGUUCAGGGAUGUACAAAUGCCAAUGUUUUAAAGGAGAAAAAAGUUAACAUCUGGGAUGCUAAUGGCUCGAAAGAGUUUCUCUCUGGUAUAGGCCUUGGUCACAGAGAAGAGGGAGAUCUAGGCCCAGUUUAUGGGUUUCAAUGGAGACAUUUUGGUGCAGAAUAUAAAGACAUGCACGCUGAUUAUUCUGGUCAGGGUAUAGAUCAGCUGAAGGACGUUAUCCAUAAAAUUAAAACAAACCCUGACGAUCGUAGAAUUAUCAUGUCAGCAUGGAACCCUUUAGAUUUAGACAAGAUGGCACUGCCCCCUUGUCAUUCAUUUGUACAGUUCUAUGUUAGUAAUGGAGAACUUUCCUGUCAGCUUUAUCAGAGAUCAGCUGAUAUGGGUCUUGGUGUUCCGUUCAACAUAGCAAGUUAUUCUCUACUAACAUAUAUGAUAGCUAAAGUUACAGGUCUAAAGCCUGGGGAUUUUGUACACACUCUGGGAGAUGCUCAUGUUUAUGUUAAUCAUAUAGAUGCAUUAAAAGAACAGUUAAAAAGAGAACCAAGACCCUACCCAACACUUGAGAUAAAGAGGGACGUGACAGAUAUAGAUGACUUCAAAAUGGAGGACUUUGAAAUUGUUGGAUACAAACCUUAUCCUAAAAUACAGAUGGAUAUGGCAGUGUAAUGUGCUAUCUUCUCUCAAAAUGUGCAUAGAGUCUACAACUAAAAGUGCAAUGCAAAGAAUUUGACAGUAGGGUCUGAGCUAUGACAAUAAAAUAGUUUUUGCAAUAUAAAACAUAUUAAAUAAGCCCCAGACUAUGUUAUUAUAAGUUUGCAAUAUAAAACAUGCAAUAUUAAAGCACAGGAUUAUACAGUAUAGGUUUUGCAAUAGAAAACAUGUUAUAUUAAAGCCCCAGCCUAUGACAUUAUAGGUUUUGCAAUAUAAAACAUGUUAUAUUAAAGCCCCAAACUAUGGCAUAGGUUUUGCAAUAUAAAGCAUGUUAAAUUAUAUAACAAUAUUGAUUUUAUAUUGUUGAUUUACAUUGGUGUUCUUAAUGGUUGAAGAAGUUUUAUGUGUUCAGAAUUGAGUACCGCUCAAGUCGGUGCUAGCGGGAGUGAGGGAUGUUGCACUUUGCACUUAUACAUUAUCCCUCAUGUACAGAUUAAAUUGAGCCAAGUCUACAAUUUUCAUGUAAUUUUGUUGUUUUUAAUGCAUCCAAAGAAUCAAUUUUUUCCAGAUAUUUAUAAAAAAAGAGACACUUGAUAUUCUGAAAUCCUGACACAUCAUUUUUAGGUGAUUUCCCUUAACUUUCUGUGACAGAAGGUGACUUUGCUACCAGUGUAGAGCUAGGCCUGCACAUCUGUGUAGUCUAAUCAGGCUUUAAGUACAUGAACUGUUGGUAUCUCGAAUGUUGUCUUUCAAUAUUGAAAUCUUAUUAUGGUUGUCUUGCUGUAAUGCUUUCCUGCCAAAAAAUUUCUAACAUCGGUCAAUAUCGUAAUAAAUCGGUCAUUUCCAGAACAUUAUUUUUCGGUAUUCAAUAAUUUUUUAACCGUUGAUAACCGGAAUUAAUUACAAAGCAAUAAAGGAUGAGUGAUUGUAAAAAAUCUAAUGCCCAAAAUUUUGAAAAAAUAACGUUCAGGAAAUAACCAAUUUGCUAUGAAAUUGGCUGAUAUUAUAAUUUUUUGGCGGGAAAAGCAUUACAGUAAGACUACCUUAAGGUCAAGUGUACUGUUGCCUAAAUUCAAAGCUAGAAAAUACUUCACAGAAAUUCAACAGGUUAAGGUCAAAAUCUGGUUGGUAUUUCAUUGUGAUGAUGUGUUUUGAACCAAUAAUCUGUUGCCAUUUGAUCUGAAGAAGUUUAUUACAAAUGAGGACUUCAAACAUUACUUCUAGUAUAAUAUACAUGAUUCAAUGUUAAUAAAUUGUCAAUGAUAUGCAAAGAAAAUUUCAGUUUCUUCAAAAGGGAGAACAUUAUUAAAUAUUUUCUUCGAUGAAAUGUUCAUUGGUCUUCAUAGUUCAUCUACUUAAUAUUAGAAUUAUAAAAGAAAAAUUCUGUUAUUUAGAGGAAUAAAAGUAAUAUUUCAAACAA